AUGGCUUCAAGCUCUGCGCAGCGCAGCCCCCCUAGCCGCUGCGGAGCGGUGCCUGAUGCCUCUCGCGCCACCGAUACGCGGCCUGCGGACUGUGCCUUGCGCCUGCCGCGCUCCCCACGACUCGGCAGGGCGUGCGACGUGCGCGCGGCGUGCCUGGUGCGGUGGAGCCGCGAGGCGGGGGUCGAUGCGGAUGCGCUGCAGUCGGAGCUCCGGCGGCGCUACACGGCUGCCCUGGAGUCGUACCCAACGCAGAUCUGUGCGGAGGGGCCCGGGCAGGCAACAGGCAGCAGCGGCAUCGGAGGCGGCGAGGGGGAGGACGGGGCGUGGGCGUCACUGCGGCCGUGCGGGCGCGUAUCCGAUGCGAUCAACAACAGCACGGUCCCGGUGCAAGUCGCGUCUGUGUAUCCGCAUCACAUAACGGAGGCCGCGCUGCGGCGAGCAGGCAUUCGCAGCGGCGGCGGCAGCGGCGGCGGCGGCGGCGGCGGCGGCGGCGGCGGCGGCGGCGGCGGUGGGCGCGUGGGUGUGCUGCAGGUCGCGUCGCUUGAGGCGGCGGCCGAGAGCGCAGCGGCGGCUGCUGCGGCCGCGGGCCGGGAGUUGCACCUGGUUGUGGAUCGGCUGGGCAGGGCGGAGCGGCUGCGAGAGCGGCUGCUGCUGCAGCCCGCAGCCGCCAAAGCUUCCGCGCUGGCCCGCGGCGCGGCCGGCGGCAGCAGCGGCAGCGGCAGCAUUGGUGCUGGCGGCGGCGCGAGGGCGUGGCCUGCGCCGGCUGUAGCGGUGCACGUGGCGGACUGGUGCUGCAGCACCGCGUCCCAGCGGGCGGCGGCGGGGGCGGGGCUGCUUGGUGAGCACCGGCUGGCAGAGCUGCUGGGCUGCGGGGACUCGCCCCUGGUGAUGGACGGCGUCGCGUGGCGCUGA